CACAAUGCGCAUGCGUGGUAGAAUCUCUGAACACGUUGCUGUAGAAAAUGGUUUUUACAAGGUUCGUGGAAGUAGGUCGUGUAGCCAUUAUCACAGAUGGUCCUGAUACUGGGAAACUGUGUGUUAUUAUUGAUGUAGUUGAUCAGAAAAAGGCAUUGAUAGAUGGUCCAGCUCAUGGCGUGAAGAGACAAGCCCUCCAAUUCAACAGGAUGUCACUCCUGGACUAUACGAUUAAAAUACCCAGAUCAGCUCGGGAGAAAACAGUCAAGAAAGCCUGGGCAGCAGCUGAGAUUGAUAAGCAGUGGGCGGAGUCAUCAAGGUACAAGAAAACUGAGCUACGCAAGAGAAGAGCUGCCCUGACCGACUUCCAGAGGUUCAAAGUGAAACUCCUUAAGAGAGAGAGACAGCGGAUCAUAAGAGGAAAAGAAAAGCUUAUUCAAAAGGGGAAAUAAACUUUAAUAUUAUUAUUAUGGUCUCUCUUUUCAAGAUAUUAAAAUUAUUUCAGCA